GAGCGCGGGGUGAAGACGGAUGCCGUGCAGGGUGCGUCAGUCAGCUGAGCGGUGCGGGCGAGGCAGCAGAGAGCAGCGCCGUCCACCUGUCCGUCACCAGUACCCACCACGGGUCCCUCCUCGCCACCCUCCGCCACCGUUAUCACCGGGUGUGGCGUCACGCCCGCACCCAUACCCCGCGCCCACCGCCGCCCACACCACCCCCACACACACACACACACCAGCAGGAGCUGUGUCUGAGGCCCCAGCAAGGAACAGUGCAGCAGCCAGCACUCGCUCCCCCGCCACCAUGAGUGAAUCAGUUCACCCAGGGCAGUCCUGAACUAAAGAUGUGUUCCAGUGGGUACAAGUUGCCGAGUCGGUGCAGAUUGUGAUUUGUCUGUGAUACUUAAUGAAGUAUUGGUGAUUGGACCGACGUACCCCGGGAUGGCCAAGGGUUAUCAAGGCUACGGUCAGCCCCAGGGAGGUUACCCAGGCCAGGCUCCGCCGUCAGGCUACCCUGGUCAGGCUCAAGGGGCACCUCCAUCAGGGUACCCAAGCCAGCAGCAGUAUGCUGCUUAUCAGCAGCAGCAGCAGCAACAACAGCAACAGCAGCAGCAGCAGCAGCAGGCUGGAUACCAGCAGGGCCAACAGCAGCCCCAGGGGGGUUAUCCUGGUCAGCAGCCACAAGGAGGAUACGCAGGACAGCAGUCCCAGGCAGGGAAUCCUGGUGCCCCUCCAGGCAUAGACCCAAACAUUGUAUCGUGGUUUCGUGCUGUGGAUCAAGAUAACUCGGGGCAUAUUAAUGCCCCUGAGCUUCAGCAAGCCCUCCAGAAUGGCAGUUGGUCACAGUUUUCUGAAGAGGCUUGUAAACUCAUGAUUUCAAUGUUUGAUUCUGACCGGAGUGGAACCAUCAACAUCCAUGAAUUUGGACAGUUGUUUAACUUCAUCAACCAGUGGACUGAGGUCUAUCGUCGCUAUGACAGAGACAACUCUGGAACUAUUGAUGAGAGUGAAAUGUUUGCAGCCCUGCAACAGAUGGGCUACCGACUCUCCCCGCAGUUCGUUAGCUUCUUGGUGACCAAAUUUUCACCAAGGAUGAGAAAGGUUACACUGGAUAAUUUCAUUGUCAGUAAUAUUCAACUUCGCAAUUUGACGGAAGCCUUCAAGAGCCGGGAUCGUGAGAUGAAGGGUGUCAUCACCAUCACCUAUGAAGAAUUUAUCAGCCUUGCCUUUACAAGUCUUAUGUAAUGUUUAUCUUCUGAUAGCUAUGGCUGUUCUUUUAGUUGUAAGGCAUUUUUACUAACAAAUAUAAGCAUCUGUUAAAGAGAGAGAGAAUGUUCUUCUGUGCUUAGUUUUCUAGAUACACUAUUGGAUUGGAAGAGAUUUUUUGUCAUUAAAAAUUUCAUACCUUCAGGAGCUAGUUGGAAGAUUGUGGCCUUAAGUGUAGAUAGGUAAUAAUGUGAUUUUACUGGCUACUCAGUCUGGCAUGCAUAAAAACCCACCUGAUACAAUAUAAUAUCUGCCACCUAAACUGAGUAGAGAAUAACCAUUUCAUUACAUGGGUAAUAUGCAGGUUCAUCUCAAGUUUCCGGUACAUGAAGGAACUUUGCUUUUAACUUUUUUUUUUUAUGAGCAUCAGUAAUGGUAAUAAGACUACACACGCCAGAUGUUGCAACAUCAGGUAAUGUGUAACCAGUUGGUUUAUCCAGUUGAAACACACCAUGAUUGAGACAGAAUUUGGUUACAGUAGUUAUGUACAAGAAUGUUAGUGACUGUACUGUCUACUACUAAAACCAAUUUUAAUCUGUCAAUUGUUUAUACAGUCUUGGGAAAAUGGUGCAGAAUAAUGGUGUUAUAUUUUUAUGUUGUUACUAAUUAACAGCUGCUCUGUGAUUUGCUGAAAGGGCAGUGAUAUUUAUAAAGGUUUUUAAGGUAUCAAUAAAUUAAUUACUGUA